UCGGUCAAAAUCCAUAUCCCACUCAAAAGUCUUGGGGUUUAGGUUAAAAGCUAAAAGCACAAAACAAAAGUGGUUUGCCGUUUUGAUCUAAACAUUCCGAAAACAGAAAAUCACACUGAACUCAGAUCCAAAUCGCUGCUGGCCAGUAGUAGCAAAAGAUCUUCAGUUGCUGAUGUAAUUUGAACAACGAAGCAGCGAUUAUUGUUUGAACUUUUGAUUAGUAGGUAUGGAGAGUUAUUUGAAUGAUAAUUUUGAGGUGAAGCCGAAGAAUUCAUCGGAAGAAGCGUUGGAGAGAUGGAGGAAGCUCUGUUGGUUGGUGAAGAAUAAGAAACGACGGUUCCGUUUUACUGCGAAUCUGUCGAAGCGGUUUGAAGCUCGUGCUAUUCAGCGAUCUAAUCUGGAGAGUCUAAGAACCUUGAUGCUGGUUUCACAUGCUGCAAUUCAAUUUCUCAAUGGUAUAACCUACAGUGUUCCUGAGGAAGUCAAAGCUGCAGGCUUUCAAAUUGGUCCCGAUGAAUUAGGAUCAAUAGUCGAAGGCCGCAGUUCAGAGAAGCUAAAAGCACAUGACGGGGUUGAAGGCAUCGUGAAAAAGAUCGCCACAUCAACCACUAGUGGAAUUUCCACUUCAGAGGAUUUACUCAACAAAAGAAAAAACAUUUACGGAAUCAAUCAAUUCGCUGAAAGCCCAUCAAAGGGUUUCUUAGUUUACGUAUGGGAAGCCCUCCAAGACACAACGCUAAUGAUACUCGGUUUAUGUGCGUUUGUGUCUUUGAUUGUCGGUAUUACAAUGGAAGGGUGGCCAAAGGGUGCUCAUGAUGGUCUCGGGAUCGUUGCAAGUAUUUUACUGGUUGUAUUCGUUACUGCCACAAGUGAUUAUCGACAGUCUUUACAGUUCAAAGAUUUGGAUAAAGAGAAAAAGAAAAUUACGAUUCAAGUUACGAGAAAUGACUGCAGACAAAAGAUUUCGAUAUACGAGCUUCUUGUUGGUGAUAUCGUUCAUCUUGCCGUCGGUGAUCAGGUCCCUGCUGAUGGACUAUUUGUUUCCGGUUUUUCAUUACUGAUAAACGAAUCAAGUUUGACAGGAGAAAGUGAUCCCAGAGUUGUAACGGCUGAAAAUCCGUUCUUAUUAUCUGGAACUAAAGUCCAAAACGGUUCAUGUAAGAUGGUUGUUACUACAGUUGGAAUGAGAACCCAAUGGGGAAAAUUGAUGGCGACUUUAAGCGAAGGCGGAGAUGACGAGACCCCGUUACAAGUUAAGUUAAACGGAGUAGCGACAAUUAUUGGAAAAAUCGGACUGUUUUUUGCUGUUAUUACCUUUGCGGUUUUGGUGCAAGGACUGUUUGUACGCAAGAUGCAGGAUGGGUCCCAUUGGAUUUGGUCUGGAGACGAUGCCCUUGAGAUGCUCGAGUACUUUGCUAUUGCGGUUACGAUUGUCGUGGUUGCGGUGCCGGAGGGACUACCGUUAGCAGUGACACUAAGUCUUGCAUUUGCCAUGAAAAAAAUGAUGAAUGAUCGAGCUCUCGUUCGCCACCUGGCGGCUUGUGAAACCAUGGGUUCUGCUACUAAUAUUUGCAGCGACAAAACAGGAACGCUAACUACAAAUCACAUGACACUUGUUAAAACUUGGAUUUGCGGAGAAAUCAGGGAAGUGAAAUCGGCCUCAGCGUUCUAUUCUACAAUUCCCGAUUCGGUUGUCGGGAUAUUAGUUGAAUCAAUUUUUAAUAAUACAGGUGGAGAAGUGGUUAAAACCGAUAAGAACACUACUGAAAUUCUCGGUACACCAACUGAAACAGCACUUUUGGAAUUUGGUCUCAUGCUUAAAGAAAAACAAACCGAGCUUCAAAAGUCAAAGCUGGUCAAAGUUGAACCGUUUAAUUCUGAAAAGAAACGCAUGGCUGUUGUUCUAGAACUCCCCGAUGGAUGUUUCCGGGCCCACUGUAAGGGGGCUUCUGAAAUUAUAUUAGCUGCAUGUGAUAAAGUCCUGAAUGAAAGUGGCGAGGUUGUUACUCUUGAUAAAGAAUUAAACAACCAUUUGAAUAAAAUGAUUGAACUAUUAGCGAAUGAAGCUCUUAGAACUCUUUGCCUUUGCUAUAAGGAAUUGGGAAAUGAAUUCCAUUCCAAAGAUCCGAUUCCAUUUGAGGGGUAUACUUUGAUCGGGAUUGUGGGCAUUAAAGAUCCCGUUCGUCCAGGUGUGAAGGAAUCUGUUGCGAUUUGCAGAUCCGCUGGUAUUACCGUGCGUAUGGUCACAGGUGAUAAUAUAAACACUGCGAAAGCAAUUGCUAGAGAAUGCGGGAUAUUAACAGAUGAUGGCAUAGCCAUUGAAGGCCCGGACUUUCGUGAAAAGACCGAGGAAGAGUUGUUUAAAAUUAUUCCUAAAAUUCAGGUGAUGGCAAGAUCUUCUCCAAUGGAUAAGCAUACACUUGUGAAACUCUUGAGAACAACAUUUGAGGAGGUUGUUGCUGUUACCGGAGAUGGUACCAAUGAUGCUCCAGCACUUCAUGAAGCAGACAUUGGACUUGCAAUGGGAAUUGCAGGGACGGAGGUGGCGAAAGAGAGUGCUGAUGUGAUCAUUCUAGAUGAUAAUUUUUCCACAAUUGUCACUGUGGCAAAGUGGGGUCGCUCGGUUUAUGUGAACAUACAGAAGUUUGUGCAGUUUCAGCUGACAGUGAAUGUUGUCGCGCUAAUUGUCAACUUUUCUUCUGCCUGUCUGACAGGAAGUGCUCCUCUGACUGCUGUUCAGCUACUAUGGGUAAACAUGAUAAUGGAUACACUAGGAGCACUUGCAUUAGCCACUGAACCUCCUACGGAUGAAUUGAUGGAGCGGCAACCGGUCGGAAGAAAAGGAAACUUCAUAACAAAUGUUAUGUGGAGGAACAUUAUGGGACAGUCAUUAUAUCAAUUUGUGGUCAUAUGGUUCCUUCAGACCAGAGGAAAAUCAGCCUUUCACCUUGACAACUCAGAUUCUGAUUUGGUUCUCAACACACUUAUCUUCAACUCAUUCGUCUUCUGUCAGGUGUUCAAUGAGAUCAGCUCAAGAGAGAUGGAGAAAAUAGACGUGUUGAAAGGAAUGCUAAAGAACUAUGUGUUUCUGGGUGUUUUAACGUGCACAGUCAUCUUCCAGAUCACAAUCAUUGAAUAUUUGGGUACCUUUGCAAACACAAGUCCUCUCACUCUUCCCCAGUGGUUUGCAAGUGUGACUAUUGGUUUUCUAGGCAUGCCGAUUGCUGCUGCUGUGAAGAUGAUUCCUGUUGGGUCCAGAUAGAAGACCAAAUUAGGCUGCUAUAGACACAUUUUAAACUUCAUUUUGUUAUAUCAUGAUCAUCUAUUUGUGAUAGAACUAUAAGAUUUGGUUUGGCAUAUCAUGGUUGAAAUCACAUAUUUUGACAUCUUUAAGCCUUUUAUUAGGCAAUGAACAUUUAAUCAUUUGGCCAUAAGUGCCGGUAGGAGUCCCGUUUAGGGUAUGCUAUUCAUCCCAUUAUCAUUUCAUUUUA